CGAGUAUAUAAACCGUUCGCGACGAACGCCAAUUCAAUUCUGAAAAUUUUUCUCGUUGCACGCUUCGUGCGCGCCAAAUCCUCUCAUCGACCGCGCGCCCUUGGCGCGUCGGGCGCGUUGAAUCCAUCUCCCUCUCUCGUCGGUUGUGACUCGAUGCGUUGCAAAAUCCAUCGCAGCAAUCGGGUAGUAAAUCACGUUGAAAAAAUUCUUCGAGCUGUCAGGAUGCAGCCCGAACAUCCACCCCCCGGCGGUGAAUCAAGCUGUAGAAUUACCCAGGAUUGGAAGCGGGGCCAGCUUGUGAAUUGGCCGCCGAAGUAUUCCGGAUCGAGUCCGGAGAUCGACAACCCGGGUGAAGCCAUCCGCUCCAGGAAAAACCUUAUCGACGACUCCAAUCUUCCAGACUUGUGGCGGUUGAACAACUCGUGCAAUUCCUUCUUGGCCCCUACGAAAUUGGUCCCGUUGUCAGAACACAGCUCUUCCGGGACGCCACGACGGGACACGAAUCUGUGCAGCGCAGCGAUGAAUGCUUCAGACGUCAAGUUCUCAACUGCCUCGAGGUGGAUCCCCUUGGUCACCAUGCAGAAGAAAACGCAAACAUACCCUUUUACCGGAGCAGCCUUCCUACCAGUUUGCUUAAUGAAGAAAGGGCCGGCAAAGUCCAAUCCCACCCUUUGGAACGCGGGAGCUCGAUCACAACGGCUUGAGGGAAGAUCUCCCAUGCGCUGGUCAGCUGUAGUGGGAUUCACCUUGAAGCAGCGAACGCAGCUGCGAGUAACUUUGCGCACCGCAGAGCGACCGUGCAAAAUCCAAACUUGUCUGCGCAAAGUUGCCAAUAAUGCGGAAGGUCCAAUAUGCAAAUUUUCGCGGUGGACACAUCGGAUGUAACUUUCAACCACGGCGUUCCGGUGAGGCAGAAUCCAUGGAUGUUUGGUGAGAUACGGCAGAGUUGAGUGGCGCAGACGACCACCCACACGCAGGACUCCAUCGUCGAAAUAGGGGUUCAAACUCUUAAGAUUUUUAGGAGACUCACCUGACUUCAUCUUGGCAAUUUCCUGGGCAAAUUCUUGACGCUGCACUACCCGUACUAUUACCUUCAUAGCAGCUUGCAUCUCGGUUAUCGUUGGAAAUGUUGAUACCACCCGUUUCUCCUUGCUUUCUUUACAGUUCCCGCAGAAGCGCAGCACGUAAGCCACCACUCGCUGCAGCUUGCGGAAAUUCUCGAACUUCUCGAACACAGGCAGCACUUCAGGCUCCACCAUAGC